AAAUAAAAAGGCAGCGGGCAGCAGGAGCCGCGUCACUGUCCUCUUCGUGUGUCUGCUGCGUCUUAGCUUCGUUAGUUGAGUCUCCCGCGUCUUUUACCUCCUCUUUUAGCUUCUUAGCUUCUCCUUCAUUCUCCCCAGGACGUCGCCAUGACCUCCAGUCGCUCUCCUCUCUCCGUCCGCAACGAGCAGCAGACUCUCAGCGGCCCCAUGAGCAACAUGUCGCUGGACAAAGAAAACACGCCUCCGAGCCUCAACUCCAGCCGCGUCCUGGCCUCCAAGGCCGCACGGAGGAUCUUAGUCGAUGCCGCGCCCAAAGCCGUGAAGAAGAGCAGCUCCUCCUCGGAGGGGGAGGAGCCUCUGCUGAAGGAGAACCCUCGUCGCUUCGUCAUCUUCCCCAUCCAGUACCACGACAUCUGGCAGAUGUACAAGAAGGCCGAGGCGUCCUUCUGGACGGCAGAGGAGGUGGACCUGUCCAAGGACCUGCAGCACUGGGAGGCUCUGAAGGAGGACGAGAGGUUCUUCAUCUCCCACGUGUUGGCGUUCUUCGCCGCCAGCGACGGCAUCGUCAACGAGAACCUGGUGGAGCGCUUCACGCAGGAGGUGCAGGUGACGGAGGCCAGGUGUUUCUACGGCUUCCAGAUCGCCAUGGAGAACAUCCACUCGGAGAUGUACAGCCUCCUGAUCGACACCUACAUCAAGGAGCCCUCAGAGAGGGAGUACCUGUUCAACGCCAUCGAGACGCUGCCGUGUGUGAAGAAGAAGGCCGACUGGGCCAUCAACUGGAUCGGCAACAAGAGCGCCGCCUACGGAGAGCGCGUGGUGGCCUUCGCCGCCGUGGAGGGAAUCUUCUUCUCGGGUUCCUUCGCCGCCAUCUUCUGGCUGAAGAAGAGAGGCCUGAUGCCCGGCCUGACCUUCUCCAACGAGCUCAUCAGCAGAGACGAGGGUCUGCACUGUGACUUCGCCUGCCUGAUGUUCAAACACCUGGUGAAGAAGCCGUCCUCUGAGACCGUGGUCAGGAUCAUCAGAGACGCCGUGGCCAUCGAGCAGGAGUUCCUGACCGAGGCUCUGCCCGUCAAGCUGAUCGGGAUGAACUGUGACCUGAUGAAGCGCUACAUCGAGUUCGUGGCUGACAGGCUGCUGCUGGAGCUGGGCUUCUCUAAGAUCUACCGGGUGGAGAACCCCUUCGACUUCAUGGAGAACAUCUCUCUGGAGGGGAAGACCAACUUCUUUGAGAAGAGGGUGGGAGAGUACCAGAGGAUGGGGGUCAUGUCGGGCCCCACGGACAACACCUUCAGACUGGACGCAGACUUCUGAGGACACACGGGGACACGGACUCUUCAGCCAAUCACAGCUCACCUCUGCUUUUAUCUUUGUACAUAGACUUGGAUUUUAGGACGUUGUACAGUUUAGUUGUUUUUAAUAAAUUUAUCAUGAUCUUUA